AUGGACUACCAGAAGCGGCUCGGCACCUCCGGCGUCGAAGGACAGUUUUACGAAACGAAACUUAUCGCUCUGGUUAUGCUAAGAUUGCUGAACGACGAUCGCGUGGCAGACUUUUGCCUGGCAACCAACAUGAACAAAAUGGGCGCGUUCGAUGACAUCUGUGUUAAAGUGAGUGUGGUGGGGCGAGAGCAGCCCCUGACGCUCUUCAUCCAACUCAAACACAAAAUACACGACGAUGCAUUUCUAACAAUAAACGACAGUAAGACCGAUUUAAUCAAAUACGUGGAUAGCUUUGUUACAAUCACAAAUAAGAUUUGUUCGCAAAAGGAUCGCGAUUAUUUUUUUGAUAAAAACAUUUAUAAAACAGAUAGUAUAUUUAUUUUGUACACAAACGCUGAAUUCAAAGUCACAAAUUCAGCGCUCAAAUCCGAGGAUUUAUUCACGAAGUUUGUGCGCAAUGACGACAGUUUGAUUAAUCAGUUGCUGGUGACCGGUGACUCUGUCGGUCGUGGGCUGCGUCCCUCCGAGCGGCUUGUACUAGACAUUGCCGAAAGCAAACUGGAGGAGGAUCUCACGUUGCUGGCUGAACGGUUUGCAACGUAUUUGUGUGAUAAAACGAAGCAAGCGCACAUCAUGAACGACGAGUACUUACAGCAAUAUCACGUCGUCUUGACGAGACAUGUGCUAGAAGUCGGUGACAUUCAAACGGAUAAAGCAGAUUUGAAAUGGCGGACGUUAUCUUUUCGACACGAAUUCUUCGAAUCCCAGCACAAACCUGUUGCGUUGUUCCGACAUAAUUUAUUCCAACAAAUACUUAAAAAACAUCCAAAGACCAAGUGCCGGGGGACGGACUCGACCUCAACAGAAGCGUCAGUGGACGAUCUAAUAGCAUCGUUCUUGUUACACAAGUCGGCCGCCGCGCUAAGUCCGCUGAUUGCGACGCACAUAGCGACCAAUGAAGACGGUUCAUUACAAUUUUUAAUUGACAGACCUGACAGUGACGUAGAGCAGUUGAGUCAAAUGACAGUUUCGCCACAAACAACGGCCGAGGCAUAUCUACGGGCUCUGAGACUGAACGUCCCGGUUGGGUUCGGCAACAUCGACAUGGUGCUGAGCGGCGGUCCCAAGAAAGUGGAGAAGAGGCUGAUCUACUUGGUGACUGGCAUCUUAGGUUUGUGUCAGCGCUACAAACGGGUCGAGUCGCUUAAAGUUGUCACAAUCGAUGACACCGUAGACGGGGGCCUCUUGACCCACGGCGGAGGCCUGGCGAGCGGCAUCGGUAACGUUCUGACAUGGGACGAGAGCACCGCCAUGCUUAUGUUUGCCGAUUGUUAUACUCCCAACCAGAGUAACGCCGAAACUUUAUAUAAAAAACUGAAAGAAAAAAUGGAUGGCAUGGAUCAUUUGUCUAGUUAUAGAUUCGAAGUAAAAACUACAAAGCUGCCUAAACUACGCUUCGAUUGCACCGACACAGCGAGACAGUUUAUCAGUAAACUAGUCAUCUAUGACAAACAAAGCAACCAGUUCCAGGUCGAGAAACACUUGAAAGAUGAGAUACAGAACCUGCUGUAUAAGAAAGCAAAUCACAGUGCCCUGCAAUGUCGCUCUGUGUUCUUACACUACCACGACGAGGUAGUCAACUGGUGGAUGCGGCAGUCAGGCACAUAUCUAAACAAAGCGAGUAACCUUUAUGAACUGGCGAUAAACAACAUCAAAGCGGAACCGCAAAUCAGUGCGCUUCACACCACCUUUCACGUGAACAGCUCGAGGUAUAGCGGAUAUAGCUUCAAUGAAUCCACUCCUAAGUGGUUGACACUCUUACAGCUCUCUCCGCAAAUGUUCAUAGUCACAGAAACGGUCGCGCUGACCUCUAUGAAAGCGAUGCAAUGCUUACGGAACUUGAGCUCGAUCAACAAGUACGCAGUGUUGGAUAUAGAGUGUGUAGCCAAUUUGCCAAUGGCGGACUUUUGCUCACUUCAAGCAGAGUUGAGGAAGACCGAAAAGGUGCUCCUUAUUGUAUGGCGGAACACGGACAGUAGCGCGGUGUCACACGCAACGUUGCAGGCAAUAGCACAAGCGACAGCACAUAAACAAAUAGUUAUGGUAACAGACGACGUACUUAUGGAUAAAGUCAUCGAACAUUUUCCUCGCAUCAAAGUAUUUAGAGACGAAACACAAAACAUUACAUCAAUGACCAUGGAAUCACAAAAGGAAUUGAGAAAAAAUUGUAAAGUAAUAUUUCAAGGUGUAGCGCUCAGCUUGGACCUAAUGUUAGACGACGUGUCCCUCUCAUUUAUAGAAGGUGUUGUAUUAGAUAAACUAACUCGUAAUGAAACUAUAUCCCUGGGCGUUUCGCUCAGUAAUCCACGUUACGAGGAAGUAAAACAUCUGUAUAUUGACAGGAGCGUUUGUUGGGUGAGCGAAGAUAACAACGACGAACAUAACGCGCGUUAUCUCGUCAAAACGUUUCACGAUGUCGCAGAUGAGGUGGUUUUUCUGACAGCCCCCCCGGGGAUGGGCAAGUCGACACUACUCACUCACUUAUCAAUCAACACGAAAGAGCGAGAUACGACGCUGUGGAUAGUCCGAGUAAACUUUAUAAACUUCUCCAAACAGUUUGACAAAUGGUGCGAGGAGGACACACACGUGGGUGCAGUGGAGGCGUUGGAGUUUUUGUGUCAAGUCGUGAUAGGUGACGAGAGCGUAUCAUUUAGCGUUCAAAUAACAAAUGACGAAGCGUCUCUAUUGUACUGCGCAGCCGAUGGACUCAUAACUUUUGAACUAAACAUGUUCCUGCAUUAUUAUAACAAGAGAAGAUCGAUAUUUGUCUUUGAUGGUUUUGAUGAGAUCUGUCCGCAUUACAAGGAUACGGUUGUUGAUUUCCUCAUUGCCGUUAAAACACAUCUUAAGAAGAACAAAAUGUGGGUAACGAGCAGGCCGUACAGCGACAUCCUGCCAGACCUACAGACAACUCUAGGUGGACGAUUUGAAAUGGAACAUCUAAGUUAUCAAGAGCAAGAAUCAUUCCUUAAAAGAUUUUGGCGAGAAAAGUCCAUAAAUGAGAAACUCUGUAAACAGCUUGAAAAUUUAGAAGUCUUCAUGGAAAACGCAGGCCGAUCGAUAUCCGAGGUACACGAGUGGAUACAGUUCAUAUAUUACAAUUUUGUUGAUGUUGUCCGACUUUUGUUGUGUCGGUCUGACGACGCAGAAAUAGACGCACAUUUAGAACGCUUUAGGGGAAGACCCCUAGAAGAUACAAUGUCUGGAAUCCCUUUAAUCUUAUACUUUAUGGCCGAUUAUUUCGUAAAUAUAGUCGAAAUUGACAAAAAGCUUGUCAAAUCUGAAUCGAUUAUUAACCUGCAUGACGUAUAUGAAAUGUUUGUAGAAAAUAAACUGAAAAAAGUACUUUUCCAAGAUAAAAACAACAUGGAGUUGUCUAAUCCGAUCACAAGAGGCUUAAUAGAGAGAGAACUCUGUGAUCGCACACGCGUUUACAAGAAACUCGCUGCAAAUGCUCUCAUUCAAGAUUCCAUUUUCAGGUUAUUGAGAUUCGAAGAAUUCAAAGAUAUGACGCCUAUAGACGAAGAAGAAUUGAACACGGAACUCGAUAGAAUCAAGACAGGUGCAGACAAGACUGGUCUAAUUUCCCAUGUAACGGCCAACAAGGUAGCAGUGUUCAUACACAGAUCGUUUACAGAAUAUUUUGCUGCCGAGUACGCCUGCGACAUUCUAAAAAGCCAGAAGUUUAACAAAUCCAAAAAAGUCCUUUGGUAUUGUGCGUUAACAUUCGUCGCCGACAAGGGAAUCCGAGACUGGUUGGACGCGAAGAAAAAAAUAGACCAUACACUUCAAAAUGUUUUGAAAGAGAUAGAGGAACCGCCGCCGAUAUAUGCCACCGAUUACCGUAGCUAUCUAACCCUUGAUAAUUUGUCACAAAGGCAGCGCAUCAGAAUAUUGGCUUCGUCGGUGGACGACUAUGAAAACAUUUCUUUCACGACAUUCAGAGAUGCAUUCACAGUAAGCUAUUGGGCAGCAGUCAAUGACGACACUCGUCAAAAUGUCAUUGAAUAUCUCCAAAGUUAUAUAAUCAGUCGAAUGAAGGUCCAUCUAAAACAACAUUUUGUCGUUCCAGCUCUGUUUAUACUUCGGAACAACACCUUCAAAAGAGAUUAUUCUUUAGCCCCGAAUAUGGAUAAAAUGCGUUACUUCUACGAUAUCCGUCUCAAAAUAGAAAUAAUGGGGCAGAAGCGAGACGUCCCCCUGUUGAUGCGUCUGGAACACAAAAAUGAGGAUGAUGCAAUUAACUUCAAUGACAGUGGUUUUGAAAGUAAUAACAAAACUGUUUCCGAGCGAGCGGACGAUACAUGCACAUUGCCCAAGUACUCGUACAUUCUGUACAACAAUGAAGAGUUCACGAUAGGCUCCUACUCAAGCCACGAGCCCAGCUCUGUUCGCGCUUUCAAUACUUUGAUAGCUACCACAAACACAGUUCGUUGUCGGCUGCAUCACUGCGAGCAAAUUGUACAAGAAUUUGCAAAUAUUGUACUUAAAAAAGAGCUUUCCUUGUUUGCGCAGCGUUUAGUGUCAAUUUUGUCUCAAGGUGUAUCUAGCACAUUUGUCCUGAGAGACUUCGAUUGUGUACAGCAAUAUCACUUUCAUGAGAUCUUAGAAGAGAAAGACAAUUUGGACAAUCCUGAUUGGCAAAUUUUGAUAUUUCGUACUGACUUUUUGGAUACGGAGGACACACAUACUAUGAAACUAAGAAAUUAUUUGAUAGACGAAAUACUCUAUAAACCGGCAGUUAAUCUUUCAAAUCAUUUAACACCGGACGAACUAAUAUCAUCGUUCUUGUCUGAGCCGUCAGUUGCUACAUUAACUCCUCUAAUUGGUGCUUUUAUCGUUUGCUGUAAAGAGGGUGAAUUAAAAUUUGCCAUUAAGAGACCUCCAGAAGAUAUAGAGCGACUAAGACAAAUCAAGAUUCAACGAUCUGCGAUAGACGAAGCAUUAAGUGCGACUAGGACUGCAGUAAUAGAGUAUCUGCGCUCACUGCGACUAAAAGUACCCGUUGAUUUAGCUGAUGUCGAGUUGGUGGUAGAUGGAAGUCCGAUCAGCUUUGUGGACUACGCCGUGGAUGGUAUCUUUGAGUUAUGUGAACAAUUUGACCAAACGGAUUUGUACAAAGUAGUCACGAUCGAUGACGCCGGAGACCACAGGUUGUUGAGAUAUAAUAGAGCCUUAGCCAAAGCUGUCGGGCGCAUGCUGACUCACGACGAGCAAUCAGAUAUGCUCAAGUUUUCAAACGCACACCAAUUCACCGGUGCGCAGAAGAACGCAAAACUAUUAUUUGAGAAACUGUCGGAUAAAAUAAAGAAUCUCCAUGAAUAUAGAUUUAGGUUAAAAUGUAAGAAGUUUUCUAAACUUCAUGUGGACUGUAGCAAUACAGCCCAAGAGUUUUUAGAUAACCUGGCAAUUUAUACCGAGCGAGGCAGCCGUCACUGGCUGAAGAACAUUCUCGAAAGAGAAAGUCCGCAACGUUCUCAACAGUACAAGCACUUUACAAUCAAAUCUCAGUUGUCAUUGUUACAUUACCACAGUGAAACAGUCAAAUGGUGGACAUCGCUAACAACAAACACGAAUCUCACUAAAACACUUUUCCGUUACGCAGACGGCAUCGUCAAGUGGAUAUCGCGGGGAACUGAUACACGUCGCACCGAAACGAGGGACUUGUACAGGCUAACGUCGUAUAAUAUAACAACAGAACCGCUCAUAAGUGAGUUCCAUACAAAGUUUCAUAUGAAGUAUUUUAAAUAUUUAGGCAAUAGUUUCAAUAAAAGGAAUUCAAAGUGGAAAGAAAUACUUGAAAUUCCUUGUAGAACGCUCAUAGAGACAGACACGGUCGCACCAACCGCUAUAGAAGUGAUUCAGUUUUUAAAAAACAACGACUCUGACAACAAUUACACAAUACUGGAGUUGGAUUACGUGUUCAGUUUGUUGUUGGACAACGACCGCGGCUCACUCUGGGCAGAGUUAAGACAAACUGACAAGGUGCUGAUCAUCGUGUGGCACGCGCCGCGGACUACCGCCGGUGACACGGUGCACGAACUUGCGGUAGCGAUUAAACACAAAAAUAUAAUUGUUGUAACAAAUAACGAAUCCAGAGAAAAUAGAUAUUUGUUAAACACAAAUCGGAUAUUUAAUUGCAAAACAGAACUUUGGUCUUGA